GAAAUGGGCCUAUUUGUUACAGUAUCAGCCAAUUCUACGGGCUAUGUACCUAGUCGAUCUCAAGUUAUUCCACCACUAAAGGGUAGUUUUCCUUUGGAUCAUCGUGGUGUUUGUAAAGCCGCAAUGCUUGAAUGGACAAAAUGCAUGAGUAAAAAUCAUUGGAACAGUUCCCUGUGCAGAUCACAAGCAGCCGGUUAUUUACGCUGUCGAGCAGAGAAUAAUCUAAUGGAUCCAGAAGAAAUCACUUUGCUUGGUUUCACUGAAGAAGAAUGGAACAGUACUGAAAGUUCAAGAAAUUGAGUGUAUGCCUUCUUAAACUUAAUUAUUUUUUUUUAGUAUUAAUUAGUUGAGCAUUUCUGAGACACAUGUAAAUAUAUAUAUACUACGACA